AGCCGAAGAUGUCUUCGCUCGGGAGCCAGUGGCGGGUCAUACGGCACUACCUCUCCCUGACAAACUUGAAUGCUGAAGUUGAAAAGUUGGUUCAGAAAAUCAAGCCUGCUACACCCGAGCAAUGGGAUCAAUUAAUAAAGAAAAUUGAAAAUGUUGUGUCUGCUAAACUGAAAGAGACCGAACAGACCACGACAAAACAUGUAGCAAACGCCACUACGGUUGAAGGUACGGAAACCAAACUUGCCAAUAAUGAGAAGAGUGAAAAGGCUGAUCAGAAAGUAUCUCAGGAGGCGCUGACGGUGGGCUCGGAGGCCAAGGAGAUCACCUUCGAGGGGUUCCUGCAAGGGCUGAAGCUGAAAAAAGAUCUGCAUUUUGGAAAAAUUUCAGAUUCCAGUUGGAAAAACAACAAACCUAUUGUCACCAAGACGUCGAUCCACUCGCGCACGGCGUACGUGAUCUCGGCGCUGGUGACGGCGGAGACGGCCGAGUGCCGCCGCAAGCGCGCCGAGCACUUCAUCGACCACCUGCACCAGUACCCAGAGGCACGGGACUACGCGAUCAAGGAAGGCGCAGUAAGAGCACUUCUGCGAGUUCGGUCAAAACUGAACGAUGACACGCCUGCCACCAAAGAAAUCGAUGGAAUGGUUAACGAGGCGCUGGCGCUGGUGGGCUACUCGGGCGCGCCGGGCGGGCGCGGGCCGCGCGUGCUGGCGCUGGACGGCGGCGGCAUCCGCGGCAUCAUCGCCAUCGAGCUGCUGCGCACGCUCGAGCGCCUCGCCGGCCGCAAGGUGCACCAGCUCUUCGACUACAUCGUCGGCGUCAGCACCGGCGCCAUCAUCGCCGCCGUCAUCGGAGGGGGUGUGGGAACAUUGGACACAGCCAACGAGAUGUACCUGACGCUGUCGAAGCAGAUGUUCGGGAACACGUCGCUCAUCGGCGGCACCUCGCGCCUCGUGUGGACGCACUCGUACUACGACACCGCGGCCUGGGAGCGGCUGCUGCGCGACAACCUCGGCGACUGCACGCUCACGCAGUGCAACCGCCACAACUCGCCCAAGAUGGCGUUAGUAUCGUGCGUGGUGAACUCGGGCGCGCGGCUGUCUCCGUUCCUGUUCCGUUCCUACGAGUGCGGGUUCCGCGUGCGUUCCGUGUUCCCGGGCACGGCGCGCGCGCGGCUCUGGCACGCGGUCCGCGCGUCCGCCGCCGCGCCCACGUACUUCGACGAGUUCCGACUCGAUGGACUGCUGCACCAGGACGGCGGCAUAAUGGUGAACAACCCGACGGGCGUGGGCCUGCACGAGGCCAAGCUCCUCUUCGGGCCCGACGCGCUGCGCCGCGCCACCGUCGUGUCCAUCGGCACCGGCCGCCCGCUGCACAAGCCCGUCGACUACCAGCUGCUGGCCGCGCCGCAGGCCACCAGCUGGCGCGACAAGUUCAACAAGAUACUGGACUCUGCCACCGACACUGAGGGUGUGCACCUAGUACUGAACGACCUGCUGCCGGGCGGCAACUACUUCCGCUUCAACCCGCCGCUCAUGAGCCCGUGCGCCAUGGACGAGGUCGAUGACGGCCGCUUACAGGACAUGCUACGGGAUGCACGAGCUUACACGAGACGAAACCAACACAAGUUCCAGCAGGCGGCGGAGCGUCUGACCGCGAAGCGUAGCGUGGCGCAGCGCGUAGCAGACUAUGCUUCCCACCAGGCGCUGCUCAUGGGCGUCACGCCCGGCUACUGACUGCCGCCCGCGCGUACGCCGCGCCAUACAGACCCUAACGCCGACGAAUAGGGUACUAAUUGCAUUGACUAUGCUUACCUGGUGAAGGAAGGACUGUGCAGUGUUUGACUGUUAUAGUAGUGGAGUGCUGGGGGCUACGAUGGACUCUAAAACAAUGGAUGAUUGAAAACUAAAUGCGCCUAGCAAUUUUUAUAAUGAAUGCUUUGGUUUUAAUAAAGUGAUUAUUAUAAAAAAAUUGAUCAUACUUAAAAAUGUUUAAUAAUAUAGCUAUAAAAUAACUUCAAGUGUAAAUUGAAUGUUGAAUUAUCCGUUCAAACGGUCAUUUGUUUGUAGACAGUAGAUUGUAGAUAGUUGGAUGUGGAUACUUUCGUAGUUAUCUGAUUCGUUUAAGUUUCUAAAAGUCUAUUACGAUUGAGUACUUAAGUACAAAUUAUAUCAAAUAUUACCUGUGAGGAUGUCAUUAAAUGUUUAAAUUAAAAGCUGGAAUAGACUUUCAGAAGCUUGAUGUAAGUAUUAAUUAAUAAAAUUAUGUAAAAUUAUAUUUAUGAUUUGCUUGACAAUAAGCUACGUAAUAUAAUAUA